ACCACUCCAUGAUCAAUCUUACAUGUUUACGCUGUCGCUGUUUGCUUUGUUUUGAAGAAAAUUCCCCGUCCUUGCUAGCUUCAACCCGGAAUAGUAGUAUUUGCGCUCAAAGAAAGGCAGACCUAGUGCAGAUAUCGUGGAGAAUAUGGCAGCUGUACCGGAGACAGAUCACUACCAAAUUCGGACAAUCGAUCUGCAUGUACCUGACCCCACCACAAUUACCAAUGUUCUGACACACGCAUUGAGCAUGAAUUUCAGUGAAGUGGCGGUCGAGUGCAUAGACUGUCCUGAUCUGCGACAGUAUCGCCUCGUCGCACCAGGUCUAUGCGGCAACCCUGCGAUCCUCGAAAUCGGCAGCUUGUCGUACUUAUUCCCACAGCCACGGUUGGACAAAAAAUACUACUUUAAAAACAUUUUACGUCAACUGAAUCUCACGAGCCAAGAUAAUUUCAUUAUCGGCGCGGGCAAUCAUUCAUAUCCACCCAAUUAUGAUCACAGCGAAGUACGCAUUCCUCUUUCAUCUUUUCAUCUUUCAAUCGUGACAAAACAUAUUUCAUAAAAUACGUAACGAAAU